AUGGCAGGAGGAACCAGCAUUUGGAUCAGCAAUGAAGCAAAGACCGAUCCAAAGGCCAUAUUUAAUCUCAGGCUUCUUUUCCUUCUUGUAUCUGUUGCAUGGGGUGGAUCAUUCUAUGGGUUCGAUACAGGAAAUAUCGGUGGUAUUCUUACCCUUCCUUCUUUUCAGAAUGCCUUUGGUCUGAACAAGAUGUCUCAAAAUGAUCUGGAUGAUCGUAAGGGUACUAUUGCGUCGAUGCUCGCUGCCGGUGGCUCGGCCGGUGCCUUGCUUGCAGCUCCAACAUCUGAUUACCUCGGCCGCAAGUGGUCUGUCUUCGGUUGGGGCUUUGUUUUCGUUAUAGGAGCAGCGAUGCAGAUGGUCGCCGAUUACGACGUCCUUCUGGGUGGUCGCUUUGUGGCUGGUAUGGGCGUGGGUGCAUCCUCAAUGCUUACUCCUCAGUUCCUGGCCGAGAACUCCCCCCAAUGGGACUGGCCGGGAGUGGAACACGAUGACACGCAGUGGCGCACGGCGAUGGGGAUCCAGAUCAUUCCUGGUGCACUGAUGUGCUUGAUGAUCCCAUUCGUGCCUGAAACACCUCGCUGGCUGAUCAACCAUGGCCGGUCUGAGCAAGGGCUGAAAAACAUUUGCAAAUUGAGGAAGUUGCCCGCGGACCAUGAGUAUAUUCAGACCGAGUUUAGCGAGAUCGAGGCCCAAGUGAGGCACGAACAAGAAUGCUUCGCUGGCCAUAGCUACUGGGUGGUGAUGAAAGAUAUCUUCACCUCGAGAAACAACUUCCAGCGCUUCUUCCUGGCAGUGAUGCUGUUCCUCUUCCACAAAUUCACUGGAACGGAUUCUAUCAACUAUUAUGCCCCCGAAAUCUUCGAUUUAAUCGGAGUUUCUGGUGGUUCAACUACCUUACUCGACACUGGUAUCUAUGGUGUCGUGAAGACUGUGACCACUAUAUUCUACGUCGGGUACCUGGUUGACCGCAUCGGUCGGCGCGUUCCUCUCUUGGUCGGUGCCACAAUGCAAGCGACGUGCAUGCUAUACCUCGCCCUUUAUUUGCGAUUUGCAGACACGAGCGCAACUACCGUGGGCGGAACACCUGCUGGGGGUAUAGUAGGGAUUGUCGCAAUCUAUAUCUACGCCUUCGGAAAUAUUCCUACGAGAAUCCGGUCCUUCUGUAUGGCAUUUUGCUUCUUCAUUAACUGGAUCGUUGAUUACGGCAUUACUCGUGCCACCCCCAACAUGAUCACUGAAAUGGGGUGGGGCGUCUUUCUCUUGUACGCAAUGCUCACGUAUCUCGGCGUGAUCUUCAUAUACUUCUGCCUUCCCGAAAUGAAGGGACGAUCUAUUGAAAGUAUGGAUAAUCUGUUCGAGCGGCCACUUUGGACAAUGUGGCGACAUGCCUACCCAACAGAAGAAGAGAAAGUUCGAUCCGAUGUCUUGGAUAAUAUUGUGACGGGGAAACAGGAUGAUGAUGCUAAGAGAGCUGACGUGGAGCAUCUCGAGACUGCCUGA